AUGACGAAGAAGAUCAAUUUUGGAGCUGGUCCAGCGAAAAUCCCUGAGGAAGUGAUGGAAAAAGCCGCCAGCGAGUUCAUUCACUUUGGGAACACUGGAGUCUCGAUUCUAGAAAUGUCUCACCGAUCCGCCGAUUUCACCGCAAUCAUUGAGGAAACGAAAGCACUGUUGCGGGAUUUGAUGCAAAUCCCCGAUAAUUACGAGGUGUUAUUCAUGCAUGGUGGAGGCACUGGACAAUUUGCUGCGGUUCCGUUGAAUUUGAAGAGAGAUAAGACAAGUGCUGACUAUUUGGUGACUGGCUCGUGGUCAGAUAAAGCUUUCAAAGAAGCACAGAAAUAUCUUGAUGCUAAAAGGGUCACUCCUGCAGUCAAACCAAUCACCAGGGUACCCCCAGAAAACGAAUGGACACGAGAUCCCGAUGCAGCCUAUCUCUACUAUUGUGCAAAUGAAACGAUUCACGGGAUUGAGUUCUUUAAGGCACCCGAAACACUGCCUGGUGUGCCGCUUGUCGCUGACAUUUCGAGCACUUUCCUCUCGAGACCUUUUGAUUUUACGAAUCACGGUGUUGUCCUCGGUGGAACCCAGAAAAACCUCGGCGCAGCUGGGUUGACGGUGGCUAUUGUGAGGAAGGAUCUGAUUGGACAUGAGCUUCAAAUCACUCCAUCUGUUCUCUCCUACAAAAUCGCUCACGAUAACAACAGUGUCUACAAUACGCCAUCAGUUUACAGCAUUUACAUAACGAAUCUUGUUCUAAAAUGGAUAAAAGAGAAAGGAGGAGCUGAACGAUUUGCCCAAAUGAAUCAAGAAAAAGCUUCUUUAAUCUACUCAAUCAUUGAUGAUUCAAACGACUUUUUCUAUUGUCCAAUUGAUAAAGAGCAUCGAUCGUUGAUGAAUAUUCCGUUUAGAAUCGGUGGUUCAAAUGGAGAUGAUAAACUUGAGAAAGAAUUCCUUGUGAGAGCUACGGAGAAGAAAAUGAUCGGAUUGAAAGGACAUCGCUCUGUUGGUGGGAUUCGUGCUUCACUCUACAAUGCGAUCACUCUUGAUGAGACAAAAGAAUUAGCUGAGUUGAUGAAAGAGUUCCAAAAAGAAAAACAACAA